AGGAAGGCUCUUCAGGAGAAAGACAAACAACUGAAAGAUAAAGAUGUGGAAAUGGAGGAGAGGAAAAGACUUGUACAUGAGAGAGACAAACAGAUAGAAGAGAGAGAAAACAAAAUCAAGGAGAGAGACAAGAGGAUAGAGGAGAGUGAGAACAACUCCCAGGAGAAAACCAAACAAUUAGAGAUGAAAGACAAACUACUGCAGGGAAAGGACUUGCAGAUUAAAGAUGGAGAAAAUAAUCUCAAGGAGAAGAUGCAACUUCUGGAGGAGAACAAAAAGAGACUGAUGGAGAGAGAGAAGAUGCUGGAGGACAAGAAAAGAGAGAUGGAGAAGAUGUUAAAACAACUAGAGGAGAACAAGAAAGAGGGGGAGAAGAUGACACAACAGCUAGAAGAGAAGAACACAGGCAUGGAGAAGAUGAACCGACAACUUGAUGAGAAGAAUAAACUCCUCCAUCAAAGAGACACAGAACUGGGGAACAUGACUAAACGAGAGAGGGAGAGAGAGAGUUUACUGGAGAACAUGACUAAACGAGAGAGGGAGAGAGAGAGUUUACUGGAGAACAUGACUAAACGAGAGAGGGAGAGAGAGAGUGUACUGGAGAACAUGACUACACGAGAGAGGGAGAGAGAGAGUUUACUGGAGAACAUGACCAGUGAGGUGGAGACCAGUAAAAGACAACUGGAGUCACUGGAAAAGGAACUGCAGGACAGGAACAGACAACUACAGGACCUGAGAACCCAACAGCAGGAACAAGAGAGGGAGAUGGAGGAGGAGAGAGAUAAACAGCUGGAGGAGAGAGAUAAACAGCUGGAGGAGAGAGAUAAACAGCUGGAGGAGGAGAGAGAGAAACAGCUGGAGGAGGAAGAGGAAGAUCCAGAUCCUCCUCCCAUCAGGAGAAGAUGGAGUAUGGAUGAGCCUCCAUUCAUGGGAGGAGAGAGUCCUGGUCCAGCCCCCCCAGUGUCUCCUGCUGCGUCUGAGCUGAGGCUGGUGCUGCUGGGGGGGAGCACAGCUGGGAAGAGGGCAGCAGGAAACACCAUCCUGGGCACACACACACUCACAGAGACCCAGCACAGCAAGAGCAGACAGGGGGAGGUGGCUGGGAGACGGGUGACCGUGGUGGACACUCCAGACUGGUUCUGCAGUGGACUCUCUGAGAAGGACAUGAGACAGGACGUGGGGCUUUGUGUCCGUCUGUCUGCCCCAGGACCUCACGCCUUCCUCCUGCUGAUUCCAGUGGAGCCGUCUGAAGGGGAGGAGAGGAGGAUGCUGGAGAAAAUGGAGGAUAUUUUUGGGGAGGGCUGUUGGGGACACACACUGAUCCUCUUCACCCAUGCUGAGGGGCUGAGAGAGAGGAGUGUGGAGGAGUUGCUCCAGACAGGGAGCCAGGAGCUCCAGCAGCUGGUAGAGAAAUGUGGGAACAGGUGUCACCUUCUCAACGUUAAGGACACGCCUGAUGACACUAAGAUCACACAGCUGCUAGAGAAGAUAGAAGAGAUGGUGUCAGGAAACAGAGAGAGAUUCUACAGCACUGAGACCUACCAGGAGGCAGAGAGACAGCUCAGAGAGAUAGAGAGAAGGAUGCAGAAAGAACGAGAGGUGGAGGAGAGGAAACUGAGGGAGGAGAGAGAGAGAAGAGAGGAACAUGAUAAAAAUGUGCAGGAGUCUCUGAAGAAGAUGGAGGUAGAGAUUCAGCAGCAUGAAACAGAAAUCAGGACAUUGAGUGAGAAAACAACAGAACUGGAGAGAACGAUGAAAGAAGAGAGGGAUGAGGAGAAGAAGAGAGAGAUAGAAAGUGAGUUAAAGAGAGAGAUUACACAGAGAGAGGAGAUGGAGAGAAAGCUGAACAGAGUGAGAGAAAAGAGAGAAAGAGAGAAGAGAGAGAUGGAGGAGAGGCACAGAGAGGAGAUGGAGGAGAUGAGAGAGAGCUAUGAGAGAGAGGCCAGGACUGAAGCAGAGAGAAACCUCAUGAAGAUCAUCCUGCCUCAACUACAGAGAAACAUCAGCAUCAGCAAGGAGAAGAUGGAGGCAGAGUUCAACAGACAGCUGCAGGAGAAGAACAGAGAGAUGGAGGGACUGUUGGAGACUGUCCAGAGACUCAGUCGACUGGUGGAGGAGGCUGAUCAGAGAAGUUCAGUUCAGAGCUGAGAGAUGAGGGGUAGGAGAGAGAUCAGAGGGGUGACACUGGCAGAGAGGAGAGGGGGAGAGAGAGAGAGGAGAGGAGGAGGAGAGAGAGAUCAGAGGUGUCUUUAAAAAAUAGCCAUCCUUUCAGGAGAGACAGUUUCAUCAGCUUGGGCAGAAAAAAAAUCACAAUCACAUUUCACAAUAUCAUAACCUGAAGGAUCUAAGCAUUACUAAAGCUCACAUUUCUACUUUCCUUUAUUGUGUUUAUUUGUUUAUGUUCUGAAUAAAUAUGUUAUUGAUCUGUGGUGUAUGCUAAUUGUAAGAGAAAUCAGGGGAACAUAGGUUAUUCCAGCAUCUCUGUGAUUGUUCCUUGUGAGACAAAUGGUUUGUUCCAUUCAAAUUAACCCAUGUGUGUGUGUGUGUGUGUGCGUAGGCUGUAACCGGUCUGCCUUACCCAGAUAGUAUGUACAUUGUGUAUAUGCAAUUAUUUUUGUUGAUGUAAAUUUGUAGAUUUAUUGUACAAAAUAAAUAGUUGAAAAUGUG